GCUCUAGCGUAUUUUGGGCCCCGUGAGGAGACACUAGAGGGUGCGAUUAAAGACGUUGAUAUCAUUUUUAAUCCACCAUCGGACUCUGAGGGGUUUCUCGAUUAUCCAAAUAUAUAUCCCGUUACUGGAGAUUCCACCAAACCAACACAUUACAAAUUACUCGUAGUAAUAACUUCUCAGAUCGAUGAAAUUCGGUCGAGAAAAUUAUUAAGGGAAUAUUUGUUCGGCAUUAAAGAUAAUAUAAGACCAUGUAUGGAAAAAAAUGGGGAAAUAUAUUACAGAUUUUUACUGAAGCCUUAUCAACAAGCUGAUAAGAAAGUAUUGAGAGAUUUUACUGCGGAAGCUGUGGAAUAUGAUGAUAUUGAGGAGUUUCCGAAUCAAUCAAAUAUCAAUUGGCAAAAAACUGUUCUUACUUGGAUCCAAUCACUUGAGAAACAAGAAAUCACAUUCGACUAUGCAAUAAUUAUGGAGGACCAAUCAAUUGUCAACCUUCGUAAACUUCUGACUAUUCUGGAUUCAUCUGUAAUCAACACUCAAACCUUGACACCUAGACAAAAAUCCAAUUUAGUAUGGGGUAGUUUCGAUAUCAAUACGAAUGACGAUAUGUUUAUAAUUCUCGGCCAAGAGUCUAUAGUUACCUUACUUGAUCUUAAUUAUUUCAUAAAAGUAGAAGAAACUAACAAUACGAAACGAAAAAAACAACCUCCUAAGCUCAUAACUCAGGCGUAUCGCUAUUUUAUCCAGCCAAACCGUAUUGAUGAAAGCGAUUUAUUUUUCAUAAAUGACAAAGUUGGACUGAUUGAAUGGCCGAACGCCAUCGAGAUGGUUCCAAAAGAAACAACAAUAGGAGUAGGACACGUUUACUUAGAAAGUGAAAAGAGAAACGUUUUCUCACAUUUGUCGAUUUCUAAAAUCACAGCCUGCUACCCCGUUCCACAUAGGAGUGACAAAUUAUCCAUAGCAGUUGUAUCAAGCAGUUUCGUGUAUGACAACAUGUGCAUGUUUCCAGUAGCAUACAUUCUAGCAGAAAAUAAACGCGAAUAUGCUAGGAGACAUGGAUAUUCAUUUGUGGGCCGCUCUGAAGAAUUUGAUCAACAAGCACAUUACAAGCACCGACGUACUGUCUGGGGGAAGAUUGAUUCGAUUGAAAAAAUUUUACCACACUACGAUUGGGUGUUUUGGCUGGAUAUGGACACUGUCAUUGCCAAUCAGUCUAUUUCUGUUGAAUGGUUAUUUGAGAAAUUUACUGAAAUGGUUGGAGGAAAGGAUAGUUUUAGCAAGAUUCAUUUAGUGGUUGCCAGACCUAAACAGGACGCUACUAUAAAUGCAGGAGUUUUCAUGAUUAGGAAUUCAAACUGGAGUCGAAAUUUUUUAAGGGCAACACAAGCACGAAAGGAUCUUUACCAUAACAGACAGAUGGAGCAACGUGCGAUGUGGGAACUCUUGAUUAGUCCGGAUUAUAAAGAUGGGACACUUCUCCUUGAUAAAGAUGAUCAUACUUUCAAUACAUUCCCACAUAUAUACGUUCCAGGUGAUUUUGUAGUUCACUGGGCACCGGAUGAUUGUCCCGUAAAACCCAUUUUGGAUGCGAUUGGAAAGUUUAGACAAUAUGAAAUGGAUAGAGAAUUCAAGUUCACACUUAAACAUGCCCCUGACCACUAA